AUGAUUCGCACAUGUCGUUCUCUUUCUUUAUCAUCGCGGUUGCACACAGUCGCAUGGAAUCACCUUGUGCCUAAGAAUGAAGCCUAUGUUGCGGGAAAGUGGACUGCAGCUGCUUCCGGCAAAACCUUCCCCGUUUUCAAUCCUGUCGAUCACACGGAAUUGUGUCGUGUACCAGCUAUGUCCUCUGCGGAAGUGCAUUUAGCUAUCCAGUCAGCGAAAACGGCACAAUCUCUUUGGGCUAAACGAUCAACUGAGGAGAGAGCAUCUAUUAUUCGUGACUGGGCUCGGGGCAUUUUUGAGAAUCGUGAUGCGUUGGCUCAUCUGAUAACCGCAGAAAACGUUGGUUUAGUCGUAGCCGUCAAGAAAGAAAUGACGGAGGGUCAACCAGGUGCCUUGAAGAAGCGGACCAUGAAAGAUACAGCAGUGUUAAAGAAAAACGCUUUCAGACUAUACCUUGGGAGGUCAUACUAG